AUGGCGAGUGGGGGGGAGCAUGUGUACGCAACGCUUCUCUUGAGCGAUUCCUAUCUCCCAGGAGCUCUUGUGCUUGCCCAUUCGUUGCGCGAUGCCGGAACGACCAAGAAGCUGGUGGUUUUAGUCACCCUCGACACGGUCUCUGCGGAAUCCAUAACUCAGCUCAAGACCAUCUACGACCAUGUCUUGCCUGUUCCGCGGAUAUGCAAUGAGAAGCCAGCCAAUCUCUAUCUCAUGAACCGCGCUGAUCUUCACUCAGCCUUCACCAAGAUCAAUCUCUGGAAGCAGAUCCAGUUCUCCAAGGUAGUGUAUAUCGACGCUGAUGUGGUCGCCUAUCGUGCCCCAGAUGAGCUGUUCGACAUUGCUGAGCCGUUCGCUGCUGCACCCGACAUCGGAUGGCCUGACCUGUUCAAUUCGGGUGUCAUGGUACUGACACCCAACCUCGGCGAUUUCUAUGCAAUGUUGGCAAUGGCCGAAAGAGGCAUUUCGUUUGACGGUGCCGACCAAGGUCUAUUGAAUAUGCACUUCAAGGACAAUUACCACCGUCUUAGCUUCGCGUACAACGUCACUCCUUCUGCGCAUUAUCAAUACAUACCGGCCUACCGCCACUUCCAGUCCAGCAUAAACAUGGUUCACUUCAUUGGCCCCAAUAAACCCUGGUUUGCAGGUCGCCAUGCCAAACAUGACGAUUCGCCUUUCGAUGACAUGAUUGGAAGAUGGUGGGCAGUAUAUGAUCGGCAUUACAGAGCACAGGAACAAUCCUCAGGCCAGGCCGUGCAAGGCUCUGCUUCUACAUAUGUCCAGUACUUUACCAAAGCUGACGCUGCCCCUGAGGCCAUCAACUUCCCAUCUACGCACUAUGAAAUGUCGCAAGACGCUGCACCUUUUGUCCCCCCACCACGCUAUCCUAGCCCCCCAAAGAAUAUGUGGUACGAGGUGCCGACAGUCCCCCCAGCACCACCAGCCGAGCCUCCAAAACCCGUGUUCCCAUGGGAAGGCCAACAACCAACACCCACCCGAACAUUCGCAAGUGUUGUUCCAGAUUUUGUCAUCACCCCUCAGGAUACCGGUCCUGGGGUUGAACACGGUGUCGGCGGCUCGGUUGAAUCAGGCCUCCAUGUUGAGCCACAGCCACCGGAAGGAGAUUCAACAGAGACGGGAACUGAGACAGGAAGCUCAGUAGCUACUCUACCAUCCCAACUCACACCUACCGAAGCAUCGACUGUCCAAGCAGAGCCAUGGGACGCUUUUCAACUGAGCAACGCCUGGGACGAAGUCCCAGAAAUAAAUCGUUAUGUUGAAGGACUACAAAAACAUCAGCGUGGAAAGUCUUUGCAGGGCAUCUCUUCCCCAGCUGCUGUUACCGGCCCUCGCUACCGCCGAGAUCCUAAUAAAUCAGUUUUCAAGCUGACAGACUUCCCAAGCGCGGUUGAGCGCCCAAGCUUACCUGUGACGCCAGCUCCAAUUGCGCGGCCGUCCUUUUGGGGUCAGGAGGAGCCAGAUGCCAAGGAAUUGGAGCUUUCGCUCCCGUUGCCAUCGGCGGAAGGUGUCCCAAUGCAGUCAGACUGGGACCCGGAGGUCCAGCUCCAAAAGCUGGCCAGGCAGCAAUAUGAAGCGCUAUUGCUUAAGCUAGAGGCCAGUGCCAACGUGGACAGUGUGGUUGAAGACGUGGGCCACAGCAUACCAAAGCGUUCUUUGCCAUUUGGCUCAGAAAGCAUCAGAUCGCCUAGCUUCAUCUCCCAAAAUCUCCCAGUUAGCACACUGCAGAGAACUGUACAAAGCACAUCAAGUGCAGACAGCACCUUCCAGUUAACAUUGCCCCAUGACGCACCUCGAGGCACACCUAGGGAGGCCCCGAGACAGCAUGGAGGCUUGCUCGAAUCACCCAUGGCCAAGCCUAAAUCAAAAGCUCCUGAAUAA